GUUGGACCUAGGGUCCGUGGGAUAAGAGUCAUCUAUUAAAAGGUAGCCCCUUCCGCCCUUUAAGCUCCGCUGCCGGCUUUCCUGUCCAUACUCCUGUCUUUCACCAUUAUCAAUUUCUCCUUAGCAGUGCCAGGGUCGAGAGACACCCUGCGAAAUCAUCUCCGUUAGUACCGCGGUUCUCAGUUUGCGGCGCGCAGCCAUGAACUCGCUGCGUCAAUUCACUCGUCACAAGGCGCUACAGAGCCUGGCUGUCACGCCGAGCCAGGGCUUCCGCACAAUUCGAUUAUGGCAUAGGCAUUUCAGCAGUACUCCAGCUGUUGCUUCCCGGCUAGCUGGCCUUGAUCCUUCAAAGCUUACAGUUACCAAAACGAGCACCCCUAAAGAAUUGACGCCUGCUAAGGAUCUCGUUUUUGGCAAAACCUUUACCGAUCAUAUGCUUGCUAUUGAAUGGUCAGCAUCCAAUGGCUGGGAUGCUCCUCGUAUUGUCCCCUACCAAAACCUUAGCUUGGACCCCUCGGCUUGUGUGUUUCACUAUGCAUUUGAAUGCUUCGAAGGCAUGAAGGCCUACAAAGACAACAAUGGCCAAAUUCGGCUGUUCCGUCCAGACAAGAACAUGGAGCGCCUGAACAAGUCUUCGUCGCGAAUCGCUCUCCCUACCGUUGACGGUGAGGCUUUGACCCAAUUAGUUGGGGAGCUCGUGAAAUUGGACAGCAGAUUCAUCCCUAGUGCCCGGGGAUACUCACUAUACCUGCGGCCCACAAUGAUCGGCACGCAAAGCACCCUUGGGGUUGGACCACCAGGUUCUGCCCUUUUGUUCGUCAUUGCAAGCCCCGUUGGGCCUUAUUACCCCACUGGCUUCAAAGCUAUCUCUCUAGAGGCCACUGACUAUGCUGUUCGAGCGUGGCCCGGCGGUGUCGGAGAUAAAAAGCUGGGUGCUAACUACGCUCCGUGCAUUGUUCCUCAACUGAGCGCAGCCUCCCGAGGCUUCCAACAAAACUUGUGGCUUUUCGGUGAGGAAGAAUACGUGACCGAGGUCGGCACUAUGAACCUCUUUAUUGCGUUGAAGAACAAAGAAACAGGGCAGAAGGAACUAGUCACUGCUCCUCUAGAUGGGACCAUCCUUGAAGGCGUGACCCGUGACUCUGUUUUAGGACUUGCCCGAGAGAGAUUAGCACCGAAUGGCUGGACUGUUUCUGAGCGCAAGAUUAGAAUGUCUGAGGUCGCUGAGGCAGCGGACGAGGGUAGGCUGGUUGAGGUGUUCGGAUCUGGCACCGCAGCCAUCGUAAGCCCUGUACGAAGCAUCAGCUACAAAGGCAAGAUGGUCGACUGCGGCUUGAAGGAGGACGAGGAAGCUGGCGAGAUUGCUUCUCAGAUGAAAAACUGGAUCGAGGGAAUCCAGUAUGGUGAUGAAGAUCACAAGUGGAGCUACGUCCUGUAAAUGAAGCUUUGGUCGCAUAAAACGGGAUACAAGUUGUCUAGAGUAUUUUACAUGAUUCUUUAUGGGUAUGGAUAAAAGGAACGAUUCGCAGCCUUGGGUUAUAUCACUGCUAUAGUUUGAUGAUUUGGCCAUUUUUUCAACUAGCAUGAGCGCUAUCUUGCAUUAUAACAUAUUCUAAUCGAAUAUGUAGAAGUCUAGCUACCUCGGCUUUGCAAAUCUUUCUCUCUUCUAUCCAGCUGGAGUAAGUAUCCACCACUCAAGAGGUGAAAGCUACCUUGCGAGUCUGGUUGUAGUACCUGGAAAGUAUCUUGGGUAGGUCGACACCUGCUGAAUCUACCUCCACGAAAUCAAGCCACUAGCAACCCGUGAAUGGCUUCUGCAGAUGUCUAAUCAUAACUCCCAAGGUAGGAAAUGAUCAACUGUGCCCGCAGCUACCGCCUUGCGCUUGAACCUCAACGACUCGUAGACUCAGCCGCUGUAUCAUGGCAAAUGACGACUUAGCCUGUAUUAGAGUUAGGUCGUUGAUUGGUGUUGUGCCAUUACACAUACAAGGUACUUUUCCGGUC